CAAAUAGCCGACGAACUGAGUGAUUGCAGACCCAGAAGCCGUUUUCUUAAGAAAUAUAUUAACCAUAGAUUCUUUUUCUUUUGUUUUUUGGGCUAAUAUAAACGCUGAAAGUCACCCAACUUCUUGUACAUGUGAACAAGGGGUUGAUGUCUAUCUCCUCACAUGGAAAAGGCUAAAGCCGAAGUGCACGACAAGGAAAAAUAAUGCACAAAAAGGUCACCAUCACCUUUGAGGUAGAUAACUCUAACCUUUGACCUUUCUCUAAUUAUCAAGGCUUUGAAAUGUGGUAUUCAUAUUUCAAAACAUUUUGAUAAUGUAUUUCAUCCUUCCUCCCCACUCAUUUCGAUCCAACCCACCUUCCUUGAUAAUUUACCUGGGUUUUGGCGUUUGCUGCUCCUACAAACCCACAAGAAUAAGACCAUACAGUUCCUUUUUGGCUAGGGCAUUUUGGAAUUGGUAACACUCCUAUGUGCAUGUUAGAUUUUUAUGAUGAAUUAGGAAUUGAAAAGGAGAUAUGAUGAAGAAUUUAGGUGUGUAAGAACUCCCCCAAGUGUUUAGCAAUGAGUUGUGGAUGGUUUGGUGCCUUCUGCGGCUGUAAAGGAAAGCAUGGUGGAAACCAGACACAGGUAGAAGGUACGAAACUAGGAAUUCUUACCAGCGAUGUAAAGUGCUUUUCUUAUAACUCGUUGAGAUCAGCAACUGCAAAUUUCCAUCCUUCAAGCAAAAUUGGUGGAGGAGGUUAUGGAGUUGUCUAUAGAGGGGUUUUAAGAGAUGGUACUCAAGUUGCAAUUAAAUCUCUCUCGACGGAAUCUAAACAAGGAACUCAUGAAUUUUUGACGGAGAUUAAUAUGAUAUCAAAUAUACGACAUCCACACCUUGUUGAACUCAUUGGGUGCUGUGUUGAGGACAAUCAUCGGAUAUUGGUAUAUGAGUAUCUGGAAAAUAACAGCCUUGCAAGUGCUUUGCUAGGUUCAAAAAGUAAACAUAUUGCUUUGGAUUGGCGAACAAGAGCUGCUAUAUGCCGGGGUACAGCUUCUGGUCUUGCAUUUCUGCAUGAGGAAACUGAACCACAUAUUGUCCACAGAGAUAUUAAAGCUAGCAAUAUACUUCUUGAUGGAAACUUUAAUCCGAAAAUAGGAGAUUUUGGGCUGGCAAAGCUUUUUCCAGACAAUGUCACUCAUCUUAGUACUCGAGUGGCAGGAACCAUCGGAUAUCUGGCCCCAGAGUAUGCACUUUUAGGGCAACUCACAAGGAAGGCUGAUGUAUACAGUCUCGGGGUGCUUUUGCUGGAAAUAGUUAGUGGUAGAAGCAGCAAUAAGGCAGCAUUUGGGGAGGAGUUACUGGUUCUGGUGGAAUGGACAUGGAAACUGAGAAAAGAAGAAAGACUUCUGGACAUUGUUGAUCCUGAACUGACCGAGUAUCCAGAGGCUGAGGUGAUGCGCUUCAUUAAAGUCGCCUUAUUUUGUACCCAAGACGGUGCGCACCAAAGGCCCACCAUGAAGCAAGUCGUAGAGAUGCUUUCCAAGGAAGUACACCUCAAUGAAAAGGCACUAACGGAGCCAGACAUAUUUAGGGUUCAUUCUUCCGGUCACUCGAGUGGCAUUAAUUUGUCAGAAACAUCUCGGGCAGAGAGGCGAAAGCAACCGGCAAAUCCUUCUGCAACAGCCCCAUCAUCAGGACAAGUGCACAGGCAGAGAUCGUCUCUACUAGACAACAUUGAAGAAGCAAAACCCAUGCCCCGCCACAGAAAAAUUAACCGCUUCAAAAAGGCAACGCCACCAAAACAGCAAACAAGCAGAAUAGAUAGAUACAUAAUGCAGGUACCCCUUCUACAUUGGCUAGACUCCCAAACUAGUAUGCACAUAAAGACUCACUUCCACCUAUCAUAGCUGUUUUUAGCAUCAUAUAAACCCGGCAUCUCCGAGUCACAGCAACAUACUUUUUACAUACAUAAGAAGACUUGAGUAAAUAGCCACUUCCUUCUCAAACGGCAGCUAAAGCCUCGGGGGUUGCUGCAGCUGCAGUCUUGGGAGGAGCAACACUAGCACCAACAGCUGUGGGACCGGUGGUUUUAGAAUCCUUUUUGGUUUCUGUCGAAGGUGGUGGUGGUGGUGGUGGUUUUGGCUUCAUAUGGAGAGGAGGAUUGUGCUUGAGCUUCAGAAGUAUCUGACGCAUCCUUGAGAGAUCAGUUGGCUUCCCAGGCUUGGGCCCC